AUGAUUUCAUCUUUCUGUCAUUCAAUGCCAGAACCCAGUCCUCUAAUUGUUCCUAUACUUGAACAACUUGAUUUUAUUAGGGUAGCAAAGCUAAGGCAUCUUAAGGUGAAUCACGCAUUGAUAACAUAUUUGGUCGAGAAGUGGAGACCUGAAAUUCACAUUUUCCAUUUUCCAACAGGGGAGUGCACCAUAACCCUAGAGGAUGUUGCACUUCAACUUGGGCUAAGAGUUGAUGGUUUAUCAACAAUGUUUGACUGGGAGGAAAUGUGUGACACAUAUCUCGGUAUCUUGCCAGUCAAGGGAGAGUCACUUAUUGGCUCUAUGCUAAAACUGAAGUGGUUGAAAGACAACAUGUUGCCAUUACCAGAAAAAUCAUCUGAAGAAGAAGUUCACGCCUGUUGUAGGGCUUAUAUACUAUAUUUAAUUGGAGGUAUUUUCAUGCCUGACAAAACAGGCAACAAAGGAAAUGUGCAGAGUCACGGAAGUUGGUAG